GAAAUAUCACAUUUGUUCUCUGUCAACCGGUUUGUCGAACAAGGGCGAUUCAAGCCAUUUGAAAACAACAAGAACAGAAAACUUCUCUGGCAUGGAUCAAACACAAGCAAUUUCAUGGGAAUUCUCAAACAAGGUCUCCGAUGUCAACCUCAGACUACUGACCAUAAUGGUGCUCAAUAUGGAAAUGGAAUCUACUUUGGUGACAUGUUCUGCAAGUCGAUUUCUUACUCUGGAAAUAACACUGGCUUUGAAAACAAAGCUUAUAAACUUCUCUUGCUUUGUGAAGUUGCU